AUGUCUUCUCUUCAUUUUCCUUGUCUUCUUUUUUACGUUUUUUCCUUCUUUCUCUUUUCUUUUCUUUUGAUUCUUUUUCCUUCAUCCAUUUUCCAUGCUUACUGGCUUCGUUUUGUUGUUUUCAAUUCCAUUUCUUCUUUAUUUCUCUUUUUCUUGCCUUUAAUUUUUUUUCCAUUUAUUUCUUUCCCUUUAAUUUUAUUUGUAACACCUGCUCCCACAUUUUGCCCUCACGUUUUUUUAGCCAUUUAUCUUUCUUUCUUUCAUUUUUCUUUCUUUCUUUCUUUCUUUCUUUCUUUCUUUCUUUCUUUUUUCUUUCUUAGCCGUGUAAAUAAAACUAUACGGGUUUGUUAUCGUUACUCUUCUUUAACUACUUUUUCUUUGGGUUUGAUUCUUUCUUUCUUUCUUUCUUUACCUGAAACAAAACUUCACGUCCCGUUACUCUUCCUGCCUAUAAAUCUUUCUUCCGUCGUUUCUUCACCUGUAACAAAAGUGUACAUCAUUUUCAGCUACUCUUCCUUCCUUCCUUCCUUCCUUCCUUCCUUCCUUCCUUUCUUUCUUCCAUCCUUCUCUCCUUCCUUUCUUCAUCUGGAACAAAAGCGCACGCCACAUUCGUUAUUCUUUCUUUCUUUCUUUCUUUCUUUCUUCUGCUGGAACAAAAGUGUCUCUUUCCGUUACUCUUUCUUCUUUCAUUUGUUUUUUCCUUCCUCCCCCUGGAACAAAAGCGCACGUCAUUUUCCGUUACUUUUCCUUCCUUCCUUUCUCCCUCCCUUCCUUCUUUCCUUCUUUUCUUCCUUCCUUCCUAACUUCCUUCUUUCCUUCCUACUUCCUUUCCUACUUUUCUUCCUACCUUCUUUCCUAACUUCCUUCUUAACUUCCUUCCUUCCUACUUUUCUUCCUACCUUCUUUCCUAACUUCCUUCUUAACUUCCUUCCUUCAUUCCUUCCUACUUUCCUUCCUACCUUUAUUCCUUCCUUCCUUCCUAUCUUCCUUCCUUUCAAAAAACAACCUUUUUCCUUUAAAUUUUUAUUCCUUCCUUCCUUCCUUUUCCUUCCUUCCUUCCUUCCUUCCUUUUUUCUUCCUUCCUUCUUCUCCUUCCUUUCUUCAUCUGGAACAAAAUCUUCGAAUCGCCACAUUCGUUUAUUUUUCUUUUUCUUUCUUUCUUUUCUUUCUUUCUUUUUCUUCUGGAACAAAGUUCUCUUUCCGUUACUCUUUCUUCUUUCAUUUUUUUUUCUUUCUUUUUUGAACAAAAGAAAAAAUUUCCUUUUUCUUUCCUUCCUUCCUUUUCUUCCUUGUUUCCUCUUCUUUCUUUUCUUUCUUCCUUUCUUCACAUGGUACAAAAGUUUCGUAUUUCGAUUCCUUCUUUCUUUCACCUGGGACAACAUUUUAAAAUUUGCCUUUCCGUUUUCCUUGGAUAUCUUCUUCUUUCUUUUUUCUUUCUUUCUUUCAUUUUAUUCUUCCUUCUUUAUUUCUUUCUUUCUUGCUUCCUAUCUUCCUUCCUUCUUUCACUUGGAACAAUCGCAUACGAUCCUUUCCGUUACCCUUUCCAUAUUUUCUUCCUUCCUUCAACUGGAACAAAAUUAUAACAAAAAGUAUGUGUCUUUUCGUUACUCACCAUUUUUCCUUCUACGCAUUCUUUCUUUCUUUCUUUCUUUCUUUCUUUCUUUCGUUACUCAUUCUUCCUUCUAUGCUUUCUUCCUUUCCUUCUUUACGUGGCACAAAACUCUCAUUCUAUCAAUUUAUCUAUCUAUCUCAUUUGUUCAUCUAUCUAUCUAUCUAUCUAUCUAUCUAUAUGAGAGAUGA